AUGACUGCCUUUGGAAAACACUUUACCAUUGUUGUCUUUGGAGCAAGUGGUGACUUGGCCGCUAAAAAGACUUUUCCUGCUUUAUUUGGAUUGUUUAGGGAAAAGCAAAUGAGUCAUGAUGUACAAAUUAUAGGUUACGCUAGAUCGGAUUUGCUGGAAGAUAAAUUUCACGAAAAGAUUUCUCAACAUUUUAAAGGGGGCGAUGAACAAACCAAAAAGGACUUUUUAAAACUUACCUCAUAUGUAAGGGGUCAGUACGAUACUGACGAAGGUUACCAGAAAUUGGAAAAGAGAUUCCAAGAGUAUGAAAAGGAACAUGGUGUUGACAAACCACAAAGGUUGUUUUACUUGGCAUUGCCACCUUCUCAAUUCACUGAAGUUUGUGAACAAAUUAAAAAGAAUGACUACGCCAAAGACGGAAUUAUUAGGGUUGUCAUUGAAAAGCCUUUUGGACACGACUUGGAAUCAGCAAGAGAACUUCAAAAGUCAAUUGCUCCUUUAUUUACUGAAGAUGAAAUUUAUAGAAUUGAUCACUAUUUGGGUAAAGAAAUGGUCAAGAAUUUAUUAGUCUUGAGGUUUGGUAAUGAAAUUUUCAGUGGUGUUUGGAACAAAAACUUUAUUUCAUCCAUACAAAUUAGUUUUAAGGAACCUUUUGGAACUGAAGGAAGAGGUGGCUACUUUGAUAAUAUUGGUAUUAUUAGGGAUGUUAUGCAAAACCACUUGUUGCAAGUUUUAACUUUGUUGACUAUGGAAAGACCAGUUUCUUUUGAUCCAGAAGCAGUUAGAGACGAGAAAGUUAAGGUAUUGAAAGCAUUUGAUUCCAUAAACUACAAAGACGUAAUUGUUGGCCAGUACGGUAAGUCUGAAGACGGUAAAAAGCCAGCUUAUGUUGACGAUGAAACCGUUUCCAAGGAUUCAAAGUGUAUCACUUAUUGUGCUUUCCCCAUCAACAUUCAUAAUGAGAGAUGGGAUGGUGUACCAAUCGUUUUGAGAGCCGGUAAAGCCUUGGAUGAAGGUAAAGUUGAAAUCAGAAUCCAGUUUAAACCAGUUGCUAAAGGUAUGUUUAAAGAUAUCCUGAGAAACGAAUUGGUCAUUAGAAUCCAACCUGACGAAGCAAUUUACUUGAAGAUCAACUCAAAGAUUCCAGGUGUAUCAACUCAAACCUCCUUGACUGAUUUGGACUUGACUUAUUCCAAGCGUUAUUCGAAGGAUUUCUGGAUUCCAGAAGCUUAUGAAUCUUUACUCAGAGAUGUGUUCCAAGGAAAUCAUGCCAAUUUCGUUAGAGAUGAUGAAUUGGAUGUUUCAUGGAAAUUGUUCACGCCGUUAUUGGAAGCACUUGAAAGUGACAAGAAUUUGAAAUUGGACAUAUACCCAUACGGUUCAAAAGGUCCAAAAUCUUUGAGACAAUACUUGAUUAACCAUGGCUACGUAUUUGAUACACCAGGUACUUAUCAAUGGCCAUUGACUGAACCUGAUGUAAAGGGUAAGAUUUGA